GAACGUGGGGGAUCGCGUGUGUGCGCCUCUGCGGCCUUGUUUUGGACGAUGUUGUUGUGAAAAUCCAAGAAAAUUGGGAAAUUCUUUAAUUCCUGCGCGAUAAGCACAAAAUCAAGUCGCUUGCAUCUCCCGCCGUCGUUACCGGUGUACUUGUACAACCGCUAUCAACGCUACAACAGUGCGAAAAGUAGUGCGAGUCCACAACAGACGGAACCACGAAACGAACGACCGAAGACGAAGUUGAAUCCACGGAAGCGGAUUCUGGAUUCUACCUUUUCCGCUCCGGCUAAAGAGCUCCGGCAAUCAAUUUACCAGCUCACAAUCGACCCUAGAGAGUACAGACAUCUGCGACACGAGAUCUCGGUGUUUCGGAUAUCCAUCGGGACCAGCUCCGGCAAGAUCACAAUCAUCAAGGCAAGAUCCUGCAACUAAGAUUACGGAUAGCCGAUACCAAAGGGAACGAACGGAUUGCACAUAAUCGGUUCAACAUCGGCACAACCAGAACAUCCGUGUCCGUGCAGAAAAAUUAUAGACGAACAUAUAAAUACCCCAACAUAGCAGAGAGUUUUAUCCUUAAAGACCCAGAAAUCUCUAGGACUCUUCUACGUGUUGUCAAAUUAUUGCCUUGGUGGAUGUUUAAAAAAUUGCAGGAGCCGGAGUUCUGUGAAUAUUUAAACAAAAGGGUCGGAGCCGUGCAUGUGAGCUAUAAGCUAUAAAGUACGCAUAAACAAGCGCUAUGGAAUCGAAUAACUUGGGAGGAUGUAACAAAUCCACGGAGUAUGAGUCAAUCAUAAGUUCACAAAAGGAGCAAUUGAAUCGAUACGAAUGCCGACUGAAAGAUAUCAUCAUUGCCUACAAGGGUUUAGCGAAGGAAAAGGCUGCUUUGGAAGCCGCUAUGCAGACAUUUCAAAAACCACUAGUGCAAAACACAACUGAAAAAAAUACUAACGCAUCCUCAACGUCCACCGGAAAAGUAAUUGCAUCAGAGAUGAUGAAUGAAAGACAGAUGCAGAAACUUCUUAUGAAUAUAGCAACUCUUACUGAAGAGCGCAACCGGAUCGAAGACAUUUUAAAACAAGAACGCAAUCAGCUGCGGCAUGAACUCGCCCUCAAAAAUGAAACUAUUCAAGAACUCACAGAACGCCUAACUGCCUUGGAAAAACACGGAAAAUUUGGGUUGACUGCUAGUGCUUCUGCUAAUGAUCAGCUUAAUUGUGAGAUGAAUAAUGAGAAUCAGCUUCUUACAAUUCGAGAACUUAAAAAGAUGCUCGUCGAUGAACGAAAUUUGAAUGAAAAACUUGAAAUGCAACUUGGUGACUUAAAAACUCAGAUGCUCCUUAUUAUGCCAGAACCCAUACCCCCAGGUACUAACCGCAACGUUAAGACCCUAAAUCCACCCGUAACGGACAGUGUUCAGUCUAAUGAGACUGGCAGUGCUAGUUUAAAAGAGUCUCUUCAGGGGCUACAAUUGGAGAUGAUUCAUUUAAAACAGCAAUAUGAACGUACGGUAGCCGACGAGAAGAUGCGUGUUUGUGUAGCAGAGGAACGAAGUAAACGGCUGGCAGAGGUUCAUGAAGAGCGUGUUGCGAACCUUGAGGCACGUAUUUCAGAAUUGAGCGAAGUCAUAGGUAAAUAUGAUCUUUUGAGAGAACGAGAUAAAGAAAAUAUUAGUAAUCUCAAAGAAACAAUAGCACUGAUGCAAAAAAAUGGGGAAUCAGAAGCAAUCGCUUGUUUACCCACUCAUCAUGAAUCGUCAAUGGUUGUCCAUGGAUGCCUACUCGAAGAACACGAACCAGAACAUGAACAGUUAGGAUCAACAUUUUUGUUAGAGGCAACUAGUGAAAAAAAGCUAGACGUCUUCCAUGACGAAUCAAACGAACUGGAAUGUUAUAGGCGGCGAUACGACCAGUGUAUUAAUGAGAAUCGAAGACUUCGUGAAGAGUUGCUUCUGAGCCAGGAACAUGUUACUCAAUUAAAACAGAAACUCAACAAAAUGAAACUGUCAACAGAGCGACUAGAAGCUGACUUUGAAUGUAAACUGUCUGAAUAUGCAAUAAUGCAAAAAAGGGAAUCAGUACAGCACAAUGAGAAGAUUAAUAAUUUGCAAGUGUCGUUCGAGCGUCAGAUCGGAAAUCUACAAGAUACAUUACAGAAACAACGUGAACGCUCACUGGCAGUAAUGGAAGAAAAAGAUGAAGAAAUUAAAGCGUUGCGUACAUCGAUGGAAAUUCUGUCUCUUUCAACUGCCACAUUACGCCAACAGGAACAUAAUUACAUUUUGCAUCGUGAGACCUGUAACACCCAAGCCAUUAGUGUAUUCAAUGAGUCAACUUCAACACUCGGCCUAGGGUCUUCGUACGAUCCUACGACAGAAGAACAACAUUUGCUUCAUUAUGUACAAGAAAUAGCUAGAAAGAACGUCGAAAUCAGUGCGCUACGCACAUCUAAAAACACAAUCGAAAGCACACUUCGUCAAACAUUGCAGGAAAAAGUAUUUGUAGAAGAAAAGUUGAAAGAUGAAGUAGCUCGAUUGGAAAAAGAAAUUGAGCGCUUUCGGAGCAAUACUAACCAAGAAGGUUCAAAUUUAGAAUAUUUAAAAAAUGUAAUUCUAAGUUUUCUUCUAACACGCAAUUGCGACAGUAGAAAACAUAUGACGAACGCAAUAGCUGCAGUUUUGAAAUUUGAUGAAAGUGAAAUUCAAGCGAUAAACGAUGUAAAGAUAUAAUAUUUUAUGUUCAGUUUAUUUUACCAUUUAGUAAAGACGAGUUAUACACAAAUGAAAAAAAGUUGCUGGUAUGUUAAUAUGAAUACAUUGAAUAGCUGACUAUAAUGUUAUGAAUUGGCUUCAAUUCUCCCCGGGCGAAUUUCAAAAAGAUUGUAGCUCUUAUUGCAUCACCAAUGGUUAAAUAAAUUAUGCGAUGGUCAUUACGAAGGAUAAAAUCUGUCUCUUGACUUUUUUUAUUCUUUUUUGCACAUCUCUACUAUAAACAUGAAACCAA